GACCUUGCUUUUUUUUUUUCCCAUAACAACUGUCUCACACUUUCUCUCUCCUCUCUGUUUUUUGUGCUUACUUUACACUCUUCACCAUUGUUGCUACUCUUCACCAUUUUUUUUUUUAUUUUGAAUUACUUUUUCUGUAAUCUGAAUUGGGUUUCUCGGUACUGUAAUUUUACUGUCAGUCAAUUCUAGAAAUUUGAAUUGGGUGAUAAAAAUAUUAAUUGGGAGUAUUGGUAGUUUGGUACUACAGUUUUUUUUUGUGUAUAUAUAUAUUUUUUCGUAUUGCAAUAUCUCUUACCUACAACACAUCAAUCUCUCCCAAAUUUUGUCCUUCUGUUGGUCAUUGUAGUAGCUUGCUCGUAUACAAUCUCGUCGACAGGUAAAUACCUUAACUCUUUGUUAUUUUUUUUAUUAUAUUUUCAUAAUUUCAUCUACAAUCAUCACUUCAUCUGUUGGGCGUCUAUAGUAUACAGUUGAAUAAUUUCAGAAUUUAUUUUACAUACAUACGAAGUAUACAUUUGGGAGCUUAUAAUGGUUCAUUUGUCUGGAUUUAUAGUAUACAGUUGAAUAAUUUCAGAAUUUAUUUCAGCACUCUAUUGCAACAAUUGAGUUGUACUUUAAACAAGUACUGGAAGCAAUGGUUCAUUUGUCUACCGAGAUCAUAAGACCAUACCAAAGUUUGACCGUGGUGCCAAAAAAAAUAGGUGACAGCACAAAAUAUUGGCCAUAUUUCAAGGAUUGUGUUGGAGCAUUGGAUGGGACUCAUAUAAAUGCAGUUGUAAGCGAUGAUGAUGGUGUGGCACACCGAGGGCGUAAAGGAAAAAAAACAUGGAAUGUUUUGGAUGCUUGUUCCUUUGAUAGGCUUUUCACGUUUAUCAACGUUGGAUUUGAAGGUAGUGCUCAUGAUAUUACUGUAUGGAACCAUUGCUUAACUGUACCAGAAUUUCGAUUUCCCCAUCCACCUCCAGGAAAAUAUUAUCUAGUAGAUUCUGGAUAUCCGAAUACCGUUGGAUAUCUGAGUCCAAUAAAAGAAAAAGAUAUUAGAACCCAUUUGCCUGAAUUUCGAAAUGGUCCACCACCACAAGGCAUGCUUGAACUUUUUAAUUAUCUUCACUCUUCACUUCGAACAACGAUCGAGAGAUGUUUUGGACAAUUAAAAGGUCGAUGGAAAAUAUUGACAAUGAUGCCACAAAUGGACACUAAACAUCAAUUGGCAAUUAUGGUUGCUACAUUCACACUUCACAAUUUUAUUCGAUUACAUGAGUUGGAUAUACCCAUUGAUAGUGGUAUAGAAAUCGAACCAAGAGCAGAUUAUGAUUUGUUUAACGAGAAUCGUAAAGCUGUAAUGAAAGAAGUACAACUUAAUAUAGCGAAGGAAAUUUGGAACGUCUUGAAAUGA